UCUCGCGUAGCGCAACAGAGUGGCAAACUUUUUACUGCUGUCGUCGCGAGAGUGCUGAUGUUUCCUUUUCGUUUUGUUAUUUAUUUUGCGCAAGCAACUACACGUAGCCAAAUUCUUUAGGAAGAAAUCUUCCGUGAUAUUUACGAAAUACGAAGUGAAUACGUCGAAUUGUUUGCAGAAGAAAGUAGUUUCAUUUAAAAAAAGUAUGACAUCACGUUACAUUCUCCGUUCGCUGGAUCGAUGAUGAUUAUGAUUAUGAUGACAGAUGUUUGAGAGGACCUGGUUGUAUUUAGGGUCUGCGUUGUAUUGUUUACCUUUUUGUGGCCAGGGAGAUUUCGGAACUGGUUGCUCCUACGGUUAAGGUGAAACCAAUUGGCGUACGAACGUCAGCCGAACUUGCGUAAUCUAUAAAGAUAGCAGCAUGCCAAACAAUCAGAACAGAAACAAUGUUGAUUGGUCCAGAUACGGAUUAGGAAGCGAUGACUCAUCUCCAACGGACCGAGCCAGACCGCGAGGCAACAGCGGAGGAUUCGUUGAUUUGGGAAAUGAAUAUGAUUAUGGAGCCGGAGGACAUCACGCCUCUGGCAGAGAUGAAAUUUUCGCCGAAGACCAGGGUGAUAAACCAUGGUGGAGGAGCAAUUUUUUCAUCUCGCAGCCAGUGCUUUUCGGUACAUGGGAUGGAGUGUUCACGUCCUGUUUGAUCAACAUUUUCGGUGUCAUCGUGUUUCUUCGUGCCGGAUGGAUUGUUGCUGAAGCGGGAAUAAUGCACGCUGUGCUGAUUAUCUUCUGUGCUGUGUCGAUCGCAUUGAUAUCGGUCCUUUCCGCGAUUGGGAUUUGUGAACGAUGUCGGGUGGAGAGUGGUGGAGUUUACUUUUUGAUAGCUCACACUCUGGGUUCUAGAUUUGGUGGAUCGUUGGGUUUACUUUAUUGCUUCGGCCAGGCUGUGGGAUGUGCUCUGAACGUACUUGGCUUUGGAGAAUCAAUGGCCGGGCUUGUAGGAUUGGAAGGGGAUCCUUUGGCUAUUCGAUUGUUCGCAGUUGCGGCAGUUUUGCUGCUUGGGAUUAUCAAUGUGGCAGGGGUUAAAUGGGUAGUGAAGCUACAAUUUGCCCUUUUGAUCAUAAUACUCAUAUCCGCGCUCAAUUUUAUGGUGGGUAGCUUCACUGGUGAAGAUCCUGAGAAUGGAUUCGAUGGUUGGGGUCAAGGGAACAUGGCACUAAAUUUGUGGCCAAAGUAUAGUUCUGGAACGACAUGGUUCACCGUUUUUGGUGUAUUCUUCCCAACAAUAACGGGAAUACUGUCCGGUAUCAACAUGAGUGGAGAUCUUCGAGCACCUUCAACAGACAUACCAAACGGAACGCUUGCCGCUCUGAGUACAUCGACAUUUUUGUAUAUGGUCUUCGUCCUGUUCCUUGGAGCAACGUGUCAGAGAUAUGCGCUGGCAAAAGAUUUUAUGAUUGCGACCAAAGUGUCGGCCAUUCCUUUUCUCCUGCUCGCAGGUAUUUACGUUUCCAGUAUGUCAUCCUGCCUGGGAGCAAUGUACGGAACGCCACGUGUGUUGCAAAGUAUAGCGAAUGAAAAUGUAAUACCUGGCAUAGGCAAACUUGGGAUGGGCCGGGGUCCGAAUAAAGUGCCGCUGUAUGCAAUGGCCGUUGUAGCUUCGGUGACGACUGCAUUUAUUAUCGUCGGAGAUAUCAACACUUUGGCUCCAAUUGUAACUAUGCCAUUCCUGCUAACCUACGCAUGUAUCGAUUACUCGUACUUUGCGCUGGCACAAACAUUUGACAUUCAGAGCACCAGGGAGGAACGAUUCAGAAUACAAGCCCAAAGUCCAUUGUAUGAAACGAGAAACUAUGGAACAACGGUGGAUUUGCAGGAUAACAAUGACUUGGAUCAGCUAUUCCCGGAGCGAACGAGACACAAACAUUUAUCGAGUCCAACCAAUUCACCGCAGCACGUGCCUUCGACAGUAGCCAGCCGUCCAGCUGCAAAUGGAGAAACAAGCGGGAAUCAAACGAAUGGAGGGUUAUCCAAUAGCACUUCCAUAAACAGUGAGGUGAUUUUCCGUGGGGGAACUAACAGCAACAACAAUGACGGAAGCAUACUGGACGAGGCUGACGAUGAACCGAUAGCACCAAUUCGCCCACCGAUCCACUCGAAAACGAAGAAUUGGUACUCCGGGUUCUGCAACCGAUGGGCUUCACUGAUGGGAGCCGGAGUGAAGGUUCUCGUGAUGCUGUUGGUAAACUGGGUGUUUGCGCUGAUUUGCAUAGGGAGUGUGUUUGUGGUGUGGUUCUAUGUUGGCACGGCCAAUCCAGCAGUUAAACCUGGUUUGGCGCACGAAUUUCGAUUCUUUGUGUGGCUGAAAAACGUCGUUUUCAGAUGCUUUGGAAAACGGAUGCACGAUUACGAACAGGUAGUGGUGACGCCUUCUUGCCCGAAUGUUCCAUUAGCGGCGGCGCAAUUAAACGAGGAGAAUGAAGACUUCGCCUCGCGGCGACGGUAUCACCAGUCCGCCGUGGUCCAGGGGCACUAUGUGGACGACGUUUGAGAAGGUGAACGGCGAAUAUCGCCAAUGAUGUGACAAACACACUGAACAAUACUUACUAUUGUGGUAGUCAAAGUGCUAGAGAUGGGUAUUUGUACAUUUAUUAUAUAUUCGUUGGGAGACCACCAAAGCGAACUGAUAGUCUAAAAAAGUGAUUUACAAAGGUCAAAUAGGUAUUUUGUAAAAUCCACGCAGAAACAAGAGAAGUGGGCAAGAAAGGACAUUUUUAUUAUUGAAAUUUACGCGCAAUCUUUAAGCAAUAAGUAUGAGACGAGCAACACAAUGUUGGCUGAAAGCAGUUCCAUUGAUAACAUUUUGAAAAUGUAAAUAGAAAGUUCCCGCUACUGAUGUUUAGUUAACACAAGAUUAUUUAUAAAGAUGACGAUUAUUUAUAUUAUUGCUUUCAUGAUUACCAGUGAAAUUUCGUUGAAAAUCGCAGCUAAUAAGUCCAUCAUCCUAAGUGUAUGUUUUGUUCAAACAUUUUUAAGUUGGGUAAACCAUACGGAAAAUGUUAAAUAAUAAAUACAUUGAACAAUAUUAACAUGAGCGUGUAACUAUGCAACCCUUGGGAGAUUUGGGUACUGGAAGGCGAGUGAGUAGGGAAAACAACUGACAGUUUCAACUAGAUCAUAUGCAUGACUUGUUAGAGAACAAGCGACUGAGUGUUGUGUUCAUUCUAAUCUAGGAUACGUACAAGCUCAAAAUUACCACGGCUUUCGUGCAUUCAACUUCCAGUUAGGCUUCCCGCCGAAUACUUGUGAAAUCAUGUGGACAUUAUAAAAGUAGUCAGAGGGAGUUGAAUUCUCUUCGAUUUUCUCUGAAGGCGUCCAAAGGGAUUGACUGCUUACUACAUUGUUACGUAUCAGAUUUGCUCUAUUACUACUUCUACUAAUCUUAAAUAGCCCUCUGUAUGGUUUUCCUCAACAACGUAAGUCACUACAGUCUGUAUUCAUGUUUAUUGUAAUAGUGAUUAAUAAACAAAUAAGUUCUUAUACAAGCUAAA